AUUGCAAUUUUCAUAUAUAGAAAUGGCGCGAAUCAUUCUAUCAGUAGUCGCUCUCGUAAUUGCAUUGUCGGGCGCCGUCUCGGGACAGCCCGGAAAACCCCAUAAGGUCAAGUGUCAGGACAAGACUUCGAGCUGUUAUCACCAGGAUCUUUAUUGCCCUCUCGAAUGUCCUAAGGAUUGCGUCCCCGAUUGCGCUUCCUGUCAGCCCGUUUGCGUUUCUCCUCCGGUGGUCACACCGAUCUAUCCGCCGCCGCCGCCGCCGCCACCGCCACCGCCGCCGGCGGAUGGGUCGGAGGUGGCCGGCGGGAAGAGAGUCCGGUGCAGAAAUAGUACGUUUGAGGACUGCCGGUGGAGAGAACAUAGGUGCCCAGCGGAUUGCCCUAAUACUUGUGAGGUUGAUUGUGUCAGCUGCAAGCCUGUUUGUGACUGCAAUAGGCCCGGAGCUGUUUGUCAGGACCCUCGAUUCAUCGGCGCCGACGGCAUAACUUUCUACUUCCACGGCAAGAAGGACCGGGACUUCUGCAUCCUCACCGACAACAAUCUCCACAUCAACGCCCAUUUCAUCGGCCGCCGGAACCCUAAAAUGGGCCGCGACUUCACCUGGGUCCAAUCCAUCGGAAUCCUCUUCGACGCCCACAAAAUCUUCGUCGGAGCCAAGAAGACCGCCGCCUGGGACGACGCCGUCGACCGCCUCGCCGUCUCCUACGACGGCGCUCCGGUCAUCCUCCCCCACGGCCGCGGCGCCCAAUCCGCGCCCGACACGGGCGUGUUGGUAACACGGUCGCGCGACGCCAAUUCGGUGGUGAUCCGUGUCGAGAACCAGUUCGAGAUCAAGGCGACGGCGGUGCCGAUCACGGCGGAGGAUUCGAGGAUUCAUAACUAUGGCGUCGCCGGCGGCGGCGAUUGCUAUGCACAUCUGGAUUUAGGGUUUAAAUUCUUCUCGUUGAGUGGGGAGGUGAAUGGGGUUUUGGGGCAGACGUACGCCGGAAAUUAUGUUAGCAGAGCUAAGAUGGGGGUGGACAUGCCGGUGCUCGGCGGCCGGAGGGAAUUUGCGUCGUCGGGGAUCUUCUCCGCCGACUGCGCCGUCGCCAGAUUUAAGGGCGGGGCCGCCGCCGCUGCCGCCGGUGAUUUUCAGUAUUCUGAUUUGAAUUGCGGCGAUGGGAGCGACGGCCGUGGGGUUGUCUGCCGGAGAUGAUUAAUUUAUAAAGUAUAAUUUUUAUAUUUAUUUAAUGUUUGUGUCGUUACGUUAAUUGCAAGCAAUAAACGAAGAAUAUGAAUAAGGCAAGAUAAUAUGUAUAAUUAUUAUUAUUAUUAUUAUUAUUAUUAUUAUUAUUAUUAUUAUUAUAUGUAUGUGUGUAUUUGUUAAUGUUCAGUGUAAUG